AUGAUAUUUCAUGAUGCACAGUCUCAUGUCAAAGGAAUCAUUUUAAAAGUCCUUUGGUUACUUGUUCGAUUUAUACUGUUAUGCACAGAAUUAAGUUUACUUCUGUUUGGUAUUUGUUUUGGUCGUUCCAAUUCCAAUCGACAAUGGUUACAAACGGGCAGAAUUUUAAUAAUCUCCUCGUUCUUUGGGCUAAUCUAUACAAUAAUUCAAGGCGUGCUUGAAUUUCGGGGUGAUACUCGUCCAAGUAGUUUUCUUCUGGCAAACUAUAAUCUGUAUUCGUACGGUGGAAUGAAAUUUCUUCUCAUUUCCAGCGCGCUUUUUCUUCUUAUGUAUAUAAUUGUCUUCUUUUUACCAUGUCUCUGUCGUCGACAUCGUAAAUAUUUGCCAAUUCGUCGUUCUUUUUAUUUCUAUUGUCUUAUCAUGGCAUUUAUUAAUAUGAUUCAAGUGAUUGGAACAAUUCUAAAUUUGGCUGAAACAACGAAAUAUGCCAUGUGUAUGGUCGAUGGAACAACUUGCAUAUUCUACAUUUGUUUUGCACCAUUUGUCUAUCAUCAAUUUCUACGACGAGCAUUAAGUUCUCAAACUCUCAUUCCACAAGUGAUGUAUGCGGAUUCAACAAUCACUGACGAUGAUGAAUUGAUCGAUCCUGAACUCGAGUCAAAUCGUCCUUUGAUUGACUAUUCGUUUGAUCCUCAUGACAACGUUAUGCCUUCAACGAUCGCCGGCGAAAUUAUUUCAUAA